AUGAAAGAGGUGUACGGUGAAACAGAAGAACAUAGAUGUUUUCUAAAUGUUUGCCACUGUGAGCAAUUACCGCCGCCCACGGACGAUAUAGAUGAAGAUGAAUUAGCUGAGCGAAUCGACAGUGGAGAUAUUGGCUAUCGUAUACCUGUUAGCAUUGGUGAAUUGGACAGUGUUGUGGAUAAUAAAGGCAGAAACCAACCUAAGGUAGUUAUCAAUUUGCGUUCAUUGUUUGAAUGUUAGAA